AUGGGCGAGGUGGCCGAACUGAAGGAGGAGAAUGUGCGACUGGAGGCGUACGUGAAGGGUCUGCGCCAGAAGCUGGUUGCAGCCCUCAAUGGUGUCCCAUUGCCUCCGCUGGAACCGUCCGGUCCGAGCGUUGGCAACAUUGACAGGUAUAUGCAUCACUUGGCCGGCCUCACUGGCCAGCCGCACAAUACUAUGCUCCUCAAAGCAAGAGACGCUCUGCGCAAAGUGGUACAUUUAAAUGCGGUGCUGGAGCAGCACGUGGACAACACCAAUGUUGGCUAUGCCAAGGUGAUGGGCGAGGUGGCCGAACUGAAGGAGGAGAAUGUGCGACUGGAGGCGUACGUGAAGGGUCUGCGCCAGAAGCUGGUUGCAGCCCUCAAUGGUGUCCCAUUGCCUCCGCUGGAACCGUCCGGUCCGAGCGUUGGCAACAUUGACAGGUAUAUGCAUCACUUGGCCGGCCUCACUGGCCAGCCGCACAAUACUAUGCUCCUCAAAGCAAGAGACGCUCUGCGCAAAGUAGACAUCCCCACUCUGCUCAAGUCUUAG